AUGGCAGAUGAAGAUGUUAAUGGUGAUUCCGAUGAAGUGCAGCAGGAAAAGUCACAAAAGAAAGUCGCUAAGUAUGACAGCGGGGCUGCGGAUUUAGAAAGAGUCACUGAUUACGCUGAGGAAAAAGAAAUUUCCUCGUCUGAUGGUUUCUCGUGUGCGCUGAGUAUAAUUGGUGACAGGCGUAAUAAAGAACAAGCCGAGAAAAAAGCCAAGGAAAGAGAAUUACUGAAAGUUUCUAUCAAAAAAGAAGAUGUUGAUUUAAUUUUUUAA